UAACCCUUCGAAAUACAGCCGAAAAGGUUUUUUCGUUGAAAGUUGGGUAUUUGACGGCCGAUUUUUAAAAUUAACAUGUCAUCACAUUUCCUUUUAAGCUAUGAAGUCGUUUACCCAUGGUUAGGUCAGCUAACAAAAUUCGCCCCCACAAAUUCCUCCAACAGUUUUCUUAGUUGGAAAUUUAAUCUCACUGCUUUCGUACCAAUUUAGGUACAUUUUUGCUACGAUUUUUCCCAAAUUCAUACUCUUUGUUUUCGUCGCAUCAGCAACCCGGGGAGUGCAAAACUGACGCUGUCAAUAGCGAGCUAACCUCUUGUAAUUUAAUCAUGCCAAUAAAUUUUAUAAAUUGUGGAAGUCAAAGUAAAUAAGUGAGUCAAACCUGUUGUUUCGUGUUGAUAAUAAUAAUUUAUAAUUAAUACCAUAAAUUGUGCUGGUGAAAUAAAAUUAAAAAGUGACUUAACAGUGUGUGCAAUUUAAAAAUGGCUUUCGUUAAGCGCGAUAUUGAUAUUAAAAUGUUACCUACGAAACGUGGUGUUAUUGAAUAUUUUUUGUUCCUUAAAUAUUACGGCUCUGCAAGUGUUCCAAAAAAUCGAAGUCUCAAUGAAUAUUUGCCAAUAGUUAUGAACACAAUUUCAAAGUUGUGGCAGCAGGCAAACAUCCCUAUAGUUACAAGAACUACGCUCCGGAGAAACAUUGAAAGCCUCCUUCAAAGUUAUUACAAUGUAAAAAAACAUCCUUAUGAAUAUAUUGGCUCUUGGGAAUUACGCAAUGAUCAGCGUUAUUUAUUUGAUAUGGUUUUGGCAGUAAAUAAUGGUGAAUGCGAUGAAUAUCUCGCUAGUAAGAGCCCCGGUCCCGUCAGUACAGCUCGGUGGCUUACAACAGCUUCCAGGUUACUUCGGGUAUAUGUUUCCAAAGAAAGCCCGUCAGCGGAGUUGCGAAACAUGGUAGAGUUUGUUGUGAAAGUUUAUGCACCAUUCUGGUUUCUUGUAAAGAGCCAGCCACAAGCAAUUCAUGGAAGUAGACACGUUUUUAAGUAUAUUUGCUGGAUACGCGAACUAUCAAAUGCUGUUCAAGCCAUUAUACGUUCAGCUAUAGAAAAUAAUGCAUAUUAUUUUCACCCAGAAAAUAUAUUAUUAGCCAUGAUAACCGACGCUGAUCCAGAGAUACGUAAUGAUGGGUACGAAAAAAUCAAAACAGCACGUCAAUAUCCACCAGCAGGGCUUCGCGUGUUCAAGGUCCCAAAGCGUGGCGUAAUAAACUUUGAAAGUAAGUCGUAUGUCAGCAUGAUCGAUUGGAGUCAGUUUAAGAUUACGGAACCCCCUUGUGUGCAGUUCUACCCAGAUAGUGAACUUACAAUGUUUCAAUUUUCGGAAAAUGAAGUGAUAAAUAUCCCAGGUAAAUAUCUUCAAACUAAAAACUUCACGGGUCUUAUAGUACUUUUAAAUCAUUUUUUUUUAGAGUUCCUCUGUCAUUCCCAGAAUACCGAACGGUUUGUGCGUGUUGUUAGUGAGUCUGCAAGUGCUGUCACUGAUGAAAAGCGCCUGGGCCACAUUUUUGCAAAAUUAGAAAGCCGAGACCAAUAUAAAAGCCUUGAUUCGCGCCAAAAUUUGCUUAAGUAGCAAUAAAUAUUGUAAGUGAAAUAACUUUUUUGUUGAUUAUUUUAGUAAUAUAGUUUGAAGGCAACAUUUUCUUGAAUUUUUAAGUA